AUGGGGCAUCUGGCGGAGGAGCUGGUGACGCAACGGGGCCGGGCUGCGGCGCAGAAGGAGGAGAGCUUGGCCCCCAGGUCAUGCAGGGAUGGGCCAGCCGGGAGCACUGGGGACAGUGGGGAUGCUGGGGACACUGGGGACCAUGGAGAUGGAGGUGAUACAGGGGACUGUGGUGAUGCUGGGGACCGUGGAGAUGCAGGUGACCUUGGGGACACUGGUGACCCUGGGGAUUCUGGGGACACUGGUGAUGCCGGGGACUCUGGUGACACUGGGGACCUCGGGGAUGCCGGGGACCCCGGAGACCCUCGAGAUACUGGGGACGCUGGAAACCUCGGAGAUGCUGGUGACCCCAAAGACCCUGGUGACCCCAAGGAUGCAUCCGGUGACACUGGUGAUGCUGGUGAUCCCAGGGACCCUGGUGACCCCGGGGAUGCUGGUGACACUGGGGACCUUGGGGAUGCCGGAGACCCUCGGGCUGAUGGUGACGCUGGGGCCACUGGUGAUGCCGGGGACCCCAGGGAACCCUGA